AUGCAAGAAGAAUUAGAUGCCUUGAAGAAAAACAAUACUUGGGAGCUGGUUCUGUGUCCCCCUAGAGCUAAUAUAGUUGGAUCAAAGUGGGUUUUCAAAACCAAGCUAAAGCAAGAUGGUUCCAUUGAGAGGUUCAAAGCACGUUUAGCGACAAAAGGGUUCUCGCAAGUUCCUGGUCUGGAUUUUGAUGAGACUUUCAAUCCGGUACUUAAGCCCACAAUACUUCAUCUUGUGAUUGCACUUGCUACAACUCAAUCAUGGCCUUUGCGUCAACUUGAUGUAAAGAAUGCCUUCCUCCAUGGCAUGCUCAAAGAAACUGUGUAUAUGACGCAACCCCCUGGUUUUGUUGAUCCUCAAUAUCUUGAGUGUGUAUGCUGCUUACAUCGCUCAAUCUACGAGCUUAAACAGGCUCCCCGUGCUUGGUUUGACAGGUUCACUCUACACCUUCUAAGAAUGGGGUUUUAUUGCAGCCAAGCUGAUUCCUCUCUUUUUGUCCUUCAAAAUUCACAAGCCACUACUAUUCUUCUCUUAUAUGUUGAUGAUACUGUUCUCACGGCUAGCACAGAUGAACUACUCCAGCAAAUUAUUUCAAAUCUCAGUGAGGAAUUUGCACUCAAGGAUCUAAGGCCUCUUCAUUACUUCCUUGGUAUAGAGGUAACAAAAUUUUCUGGAGGGAUUAUCCUUUCUCAAAACAAGUAUGCACAUGAUUUACUAAAUCAAGCAUCAAUGAUGGAGGCAGCUCCAAUCUCUACACCAUUGGCUAUUAAAGACACUAUUACUUUAAGAGAUACUGAACUUGUUGAUGCUACAUCUUAUCGGAGCAUAGUAGGAGCCCUUCAAUAUUUAACUGUUACCAGAAUUGACAUUUGUCAUGCCGUCAAUCGAGUUUGUCAAUUUAUGCAAGCUCCCACUGUUUCUCACCUUUGCCUGGUAAAAAGAAUUCUACGAUAUGUCAAGGGCACUAGUCAAUAUGUUAUACGCUACCCAGAGCAUAGCCCAUUGUCCUUGACUGGUUUUUGUGAUGCUGAUUGGGCUGGUUGUCCUCUCACACAUCGCAGUACCACAAGGUUUUGCAUGUUCUUGGGUGCCAAUUGUGUCUCAUGGGGUUCAAAGAAACAACCGACAAUGGCUUGAUCUACUGCAAAGGCAGAAUAUAGAGCACUAGCUUCC